AUGCCGAUGUGCGGUGGUUUGACGACUUCUGUACGACCGUCUGAUGAGGAUAAACAGCUUCUCACGCCAGUUAUAAAAGAUUACAUCGCUCAGCAGCUCGGUCAAGAGCCAUCAGAGGUUAAGAUCACUGAAGUCAGCCGUCAGAUUGUCAACGGAACCAAUCACUUCCUCAAGGUUGAACAUGAUGGCAAUUGUUGGCAUGUUCGAGUUCAUGAGGCUUUACCUUGCUAUGGAGGCAAAGUGGAGGUACAUAGCCACAAGGUCGCCUCUGUUGGGGACCCCUUGACCUACUUCUAG